CUUACUAUUUAUAUUUUGUCAGAUUUUACGGAGUUUAUAGAGGAAGCAAGGAUGUUGAGACAUCAGGACCACAGGUCAGAAAUGAGAUAUGUUGCCAGAAAAAAUAGGAAAGACAAAGGUGAAAAGUCAAAGGAUAUGCAAAGUUCAGGUGUUCAAACAGCAAGUGGAGAGAGUUCAAGAAAAACAUCAACAGCAGAAGGAGGGAAGAGUCCAGCAGUGAAAUCAGCUGCAACAACAUCAGCAGGGGUAGAUGAGGCAUCAACAUCAUACGAUGAUACUUUACAAAUAACAGAAAAAAACCCUGAGUCAGAGAGUGAGGCUGGGAUUGAACCUGGAACUUCAGAGAGUUCUAAACCAACUAUAAAGAGGCACAAGCCCGGUCGGAAAGGUGCACUGGAUCCCCCAGUGGUUCCAUACACAGAAAUUGUGCUGGUCAUGCCUCCUAAAGGUGUAGAAAUAAUAAACUAUAAUCCUAGAACAAAGAAAAAUGCAAAGGAAAGAUUGGACGGAAAAUAUCAAUCUCUGAAUCCCGAUGAGGAAUUAGUGACAAAUGAUUUAAGUAGAGAAAUAACUUAUGAUGUGCAUAGAACAAAAUUAGAUCAAUUUAUUGAAAAGCAUAAAUUAAAUGAACAGACCUCUAGCAAGGAAAAUGUUUCCGAAAAUAUUGAUGAUAGAUAUGACGGUGUCAUGAAGAAAGCAGAGGAAACGGAAAAUGAUAUUCCCGUAAAGAAACCUAAAUUAUACUCUAUAAAUCCAUACUGUGUGCCAGUAACAUUCUUAGACCUGAAGGCAUCAAAUUCAUUAAAAAAGUAUUAGCAUGCUUUGAUUCUUUCGAACUAAUUCUGUUAUAAUAAAGGAUCAACAAUAUACCUUGUCUACUCACAGGUAUCUACAGAAACAUGAGAGAAGGGAAAUAUAAAAGAUAACCAAAUUUUAAAAUUGUAUAUGAUGGAUCUUAAACAAAAGAACUUGUUCAAACUGUCAUUUACAUCUUUAAAAAAAAACUUGUUUAUGUUUUCAGUGCGGUUCAUUUGUUCAUAUUUUUCAUUGAAUUUUUAUUACUGCUUAUUGUGUAGUUUCCGUUAGUUUCACAAUUGUUAUACUUUACAACUUGUUUCAUACAUGAAUAUUGAAGAAAACAGUGGUUUUAUAGUGACUGAUUAACAGGCAGAUCAAUGAGAAGAUUUUUUCAAAAAAACUGAAUAACUGGUUAAAAGUUCUGUGAAAAUUCAGAGGUAUGAAAUGCAGUUAACAUUACAUGAUUAUUGACACUGUAUAUUGUAUAUACAUGUAUACUGAAGCAGAUAUGUAAGUUCAUCAACUCUGCUGAUUGGUUAAUUAUAGUACUGGUAGCUACGGUAACUUCAAAUCAUGUGCUUUUCACCAAUUUGAAUCCUGCCAGGGACCAUGUAUUCUUUCAUUGAAUAUUGUUUGUU